CUGCUAUAAAGUGUGUGGAGAGCCACUGGGCCGAUCAUUCCCCCCUCUCCUCGCCGACAUGUUGGGUGGUUGUGUUGCGGUGCCAGUCCGUCUCCUCUUGUCCCCUCCUCUGCUCCUGUGCACCAUCCACGCCCUGACCGCACUCGUCCUCUUGCCCUCAGCCUCCCAGGGACACGUCCUCCCGCAGGAAGAGGCCGAAGUCUCAUCCGCCUUCAGAUCGCUCCUGCCAAGGGUGCCGCUCAUUCGAGACGACGACUCUUUGGCCACGAACGAUUUCUUAUCAGAUGACGAUGGGUCCAUCGAGCUGAUGCUGAUGGGCGCAAGACUCUUCUCCACUCCUUUCUCCAACUCUCUCCAACAACGCCUGUCAUCUCCCACCCUCAGAUUGAGCCGGCCGCCACCCACACUCAAAAGUAUCAAACAGUUACGCCCCUACUACGUCGAUAUGUCGGAGAGCCCAAGAAAACGACAGAAUUGCGCAGGGAAGCGCUUGGUAGGCAAGAAAUUCGGCGGUUACUCAUGGCCGAGAAGCCUCGAAGCUACGCGUAGGAGGACAAACUACCUCUUCGAGGACGUCGAUCAGAACGCCGAUGAUUACAGAUUCCUCUAAUUCGAGCAGUUCCUCCGUUUCGUCAUCCUGCAGGAUUCUUCGUCAACACUUCAGGAAAAUAACGAGACCUUCUUUCUUUCUUCCUAUACUAGUUCUUUUCUGUGUUUUUUUUUUUUUAUUCUCCUUCCAUUGUUUACAUUUCCUUCCUAAUUCAUAGGGUUCCUUCAUAUUCUGUCACAUACCAUGUACUACUUAUUAUCACGGGGCGAUCUUCCACAAUGAAUAUAAAUAUAACAUGUUUAUGAUUGGUAGCCAAUUUGAAAAUAAGAUGGUAAAAUAAUACUCAAUCAACUCUGAGAAAGUUGUGAAGUUUCUUAUUUUUCUGUCGUUUCCCACAAUUCAUUUAACUUCUUGAAUAAAGUGACCACAAAGCAGCAUGCCUUCAAAAUUGCGAGUGGAAAUGAAGGCAGAAGACCUGAUGUACCUCAAGUCAUUGAUUUAACUAGGAUUUAUUUAUUUAUUUAUUACUUUUAUUUCUGUGAUUCUUUAAGACCAGUGAUAUGACUAGGAGGAAUUUAUAUUUCAUCUGUACUAUACUAUUUUAAUUUCAAUUGAUUAUGUUCCCUUCAUAAAAAAAAACUCCCCUUAAAAUCAACUUUCAUCAGGAGCAUAAACGUAAUGAAGUGGCUGAUAACAUUGCGCAAAUAGUAUGUCUUACCUUUAGACAUGCCACUCUAUACCUGAUAAGUUCACCUACAAAUAACAACUUCGUCUUCCGUUAUAAACACUAAUCCAAUCAAGGUUUAUUUUCAUCCAGAUUUCAGCAUUGCAAACCUUUAAUGUCUCUCUUCCACUUUACAUUACAAGGGAUCUCUGAAGUAAUGUCUCAAAAAGUACCCGAUACUACUAUAAGCUACCACUGAAUUCUCUUCUGAAAUAUGCGUAUCACUGUCUUAAACGUCUGUUAUAUUAUUUAAAGAGGCUGGACAAUUAUUUUUCUUAGUUAUAUAACUCCCAAUGAGCUUUCCUUUUCCUCUGAACGAUGUUCAAUACCAAAGAAAUGUAUCUAUAUCAAAAGAAUAAAGGUUUUACAAUUGU